CGGCCAACCCUAUCCCUAGCUCUCUCUCUCUCUCUCUCUGUGGCCAAAACCCCAUGCCUAGUUCUGCAGAUUUAUUUUUACCUCAACGUUCUCUAACCUUCUCUUUCCUCUCCCCAAACCCUAGAAUUUUAACCGUUAUCCUGCCAUGCGAACUCGAAAGUUUCUUUGAAAUUUUCAUUUGAGUUGCUUUCGAUUAACCCAGGCAAGUUUGAGCAGCUGGCGCACACUUCCAGUAUUCUGGCACCUGUUCCCUCGUUGAUUAGCGCGCAAUUUUCCGGAUUAUAGUUGCCUUUGUAGUUCAGCGAUCUAGCCCUGCUUGGAGUGCAUAUGAUUGUUCUGCUACCCAUCUCAGUCAAGUCUUUCCCCAGUUUCUGAUACAUUUGCUCGCUUCCUUCUAGUAAACCAGUGACACCCCUAUGGCUGAAGUUGAUCAAAAUUUAAGUGAACCUGAUGCUGAGCAACCAACCGAGAAUUCAGAGCAUGAGCAAAGAGAGGGGCACGUUGAGGAGCCAUUUGCUGGAAGUGGUGAGAAGAAAUGGCCUGGAUGGCCUGGGGAGAGUGUCUUCCGGAUGUUGGUUCCUGCCCAGAAGGUUGGUGGUAUAAUUGGACGCAAAGGAGAGUUCAUCAAAAAAAUUGUAGAGGAGACUCGAGCUCGCAUUAAAAUUCUUGAUGGUCCUCCAGGGACUUCAGAAAGGGCUGUAAUGGUUUCUGCUAGGGAGGAACCUGAUUCAUCUCUUCCUCCAGCCGUGGAUGGCUUAUUGAGAGUUCAUAAACGGGUUAUUGAUGGUUUAGAGAUUGAUUCUUCCCAUGCUCCUUUAGGUGUUGGUGGGAAGGUCUCAACAAGGCUACUAGUAGCAGCAUCUCAAGCAGGAAGUUUAAUUGGGAAACAAGGAGGAACAGUUAAAUCUAUCCAAGAAGAAUCCAAUUGUAUUGUUAGAGUUCUUGGAACAGAGGACCUGCCUCUGUUUGCUCUUCAAGAUGAUAGGGUUGUUGAAGUAGUAGGGGAUCCUACUGGGGUGCUUAAAGCAGUAGAGCUAAUUGCCUCCCAUCUGAGGAAGUUUCUUGUUGACCGCAGUGUAAUUCCUAUAUUUGAAAUGAAUAUGCAAAUGGCAAAUCCUCAUCCCAUGGAGCACCUCCCACCUCACCAAUCAUGGGCUUCACCUCCAAAUGUUAGUGGAGGUCCUGGUUUCGGACCUACUCAGCAAUACAUGCCACCUCCAGGACAACUUGAUAAUUUUUAUCCACCAGCUGAGUUGCCGCCUUCAGUGGACAAACAGUCUCAUCAUGGUAUAUCUGCUUAUGGAAGAGAUGCUCCCAUAGGCAUCCGUGCAUCUUCAAACACCCAAUCUGCAGCUUCCAUGGUCACGCAGAUCACCCAGCAAAUGCAAAUUCCUCUGUCUUAUGCUGAUGCUGUUAUUGGGACUGCUGGGGCAAGUAUAAGCUACAUCCGACGAAUCAGCGGGGCUACUGUUUCUAUACAAGAAACUAGGGGUGUUCCUGGGGAGAUGACUGUUGAAAUCAGUGGAACAGCUUCUCAGGUCCAGACUGCUCAGCAGUUGAUACAGAACUUUAUGGCUGAUGCCGCUCCAUCGCAGCCACAGGCUGGCGGGCCUGCGACCGACCAAGCUUUCAAUUCUUACACCGCUGCUCCUCCGGCUUCGGCUCAUGCUUCUGUCUAUGCAUCUUCACCGUCUAACCCAGGACAUGCCGGCGGCUAUGGCUCAGGGUAUGGCGCAAACUAUGGGUUCUAAACGGGGCCGUACAAUCAUCCGUUAGCUUCAUGUGAAAUGGCAUUUGAUGGAUUAUUUUAAUUAUUAUGAUAAUAAAAGCAGACAUUUAGUCCUCUUAAAUUUCAUGGUAUUAUGAAUUUGUAAAGUAUAUUUUUAAUUUUGUAAUCUUAAUAUUACUAGUCUUAUUGACGUGAAAUGUUGAUAUUAUAAUUUUAAAUGUUACUUCUGUCAGCAUUUAAAAUU